GGCCCGGGCAACCCCCGGCAGUCGCGGCGCGGCGGGACCGGCGGCGGCACGCCCGGUGCGGGCUGGGGGCCGUGGGCACCCGCCGCCGAGCCCCGGGCGGGCGCGGGCCGAGGCCAGCAGGUAGCGGCGGGGGGGGAGGAGGGCCGGGGGCGGACAUGCCCGGCCCGUCGCCCGGCGGGUCCCCGGAGAGGGAAACAGAGGCCGGCGGGCGGCCGCGGGGGCCUGGCCGGGACCGGCGGGUGCGGUUCCGGCUGCCCCACACCGCCAUCACGGUGCCGUCGGUGCGCGAGGAGGAGCGGCUCUUCUACCGGCGGCUGGAGGCGCUGGCAGUGCCGGGGCCCGGCGGCUUCGGGCCGCUCUUCGCUUCCGACGGUUGGAGCGACUUGACGGAGGACCGGCUGCUGCGGAAGCGCGUGGUGCGGGCCGGGCCGGGCGGGCCGCGGCCCUUGCCGGGCCAGGAGGUGUCGGUGAAGGUGCUGGGCGCCCUGGAGGACGGCGGGCUGGUGGAGCGGGACCCGCGGCUCAUCUUCGUGCCGGGUCACGGGGACGUCGUGCAGGUGAGCCCGAACCGGUGCGCGGCUCAGUGCCGAGCGGGCUCAGCGCCGCCCCGGGCUCCGACCCGCCAGCCCCGCCGUGCCCGUCCACAGGCUCUGGAGCUGGGCGUCCCCACCAUGCAGCCCGGGGAGGUUUCCUUCUUCCUCGCCGCUUUCCCCUACGCCUACGGUCGCCCGGGCAGGGAGCCCGACGUGCCGCCCGAGGCGCCGCUGCUGUUCGAGGUGACGCUGCUAGAGGUGCGGGACGGCCCCGACCCGCAGCCGCUGCCGCCCGCCGUCCGCCUGCGCCUGGGCUCGCAGCGCCGGGAGCGGGGCAACUUCCACUUCGCGCGGGGCGACUUCGCCGCGGCGCUGCGAUCGUACCGGCUGUCCCUGCUCGCCCUGGACGGCCCCGCCGCCGCUCCGCCCGGGCCCGAGGAGGAAGAGGAGUUGCGGGAGCAGCGCGUGAAGUGCCUCAACAACUGCGCGGCCGCCGAGCUGAAGCUGGGGCGGGCGGAGGAGGCGCUGGCGGCCUGCGAGGCGGCCCUGCGGAUCAGCCCCGACAACGGCCGGGCGUUGCUCCGGCGCGGGCAGCUGCUGGCGGAGCAGGGCCGGGACGCAGAGGCGGCGCUCGUCCUGAAGAGAGCCCUGGAGCUGGACCCGGCCAACAAGGUGAUCCACACCGAGCUCUCACGGCUGGCGAAGCGCCAGAGCCCUCCAUCCAGCACCGGCCCGCAGAAUCCCCGCCACGACCCGGAGCCGCCGCCGGGCCCCGCAUCCCCCCCACCGCCCUCGGCGGAAGGAGCGAUCUGAGCGGCCCCGCAGCGCCCCAGAGCCUGACCAAGGAGAUAGAAGAGCUCUCAUACCGUCCUCCCCACAUCGCCCCACACUGCCUGGGGCGGGGGAGGGCUGGGGCAGGGGCGGGGCGGCGCCCCGGUC